AUGCCAUUUGGAGUCAGUAGGGUUGCAGAGUGUGAUGUUCAACAUCCAACUACAAUACAUGCAGUGAAAGCGAAAUCCUUAGAUAAGGAACAUGUCCAAAAGUACUUAGAUGACUUCUUGGAUGAUUAUGACCGCAUACUUACGACAUCAGCGGUUUUAAGCGAAGGAUCUAUGGGGUUGAAUACGUAUGUUGGUCCUAAAACGACCACCAUCAGCCAGUUAAAAAGACUUCAAAGAGAACUUCGUGGACUUCCUCCGGUGAUACUAGAAGAAGAGGAAGCAAAUCCUGUUGUUAGUUCUAUCAGUGUGCCAAAGAACAAAAAAAUUGUGUUUGAUGAUGAUGGGGAGACUAAAGGUGAAAAAGAAGAGGAGAAGAAGGAUAAUGAUGAUGAAAUACAGCCAAAGUACACAGAGAGUUCGGAAAGCGAAAGCGAAAGUAAUGAUAGUGAUAGCGUAAGUGAGCCAGAGAAUGAACAAGAUGGAAAUGAAAGCGAGAAUAAUUCUAUAAAAGAAAGCAGGAAGAGGAAGGCGGAGGAAAUUGAAGAAAGCGAAGAGAAGGAGAGGAAGCAUAAGAAGCAUGAGCAUAAGCAUAAGCAUAAGCACAAUGAUUAG